AGUAUACCGCUAAUACGAUCGACGCUCCCUCUCUACGAUCGGAGAUCUCCUUACGUUCGAAUCCUCUAUAAUACCCCCCCUCUCUUACCAAAACACUUAAAAACCAAUAUAUAUCUUCAAGCUACGGUAGGGAAAAAGACUGAUAUUUCCCGAUUCUUUAAAAAUCGCGUAUACCGCGAGGUGCUUCUUGGUUUUAAGCCCCUUUAUAGAGCUUAUACUAGGAAUAAUUUAAGUAGUGUUCUUCUAAAGACCCUAAAUAACUAUAAGAUCCAAGAUCGAGUCUUUAGAGCUUUAUCCGAUAAUAUUAAUAUUAUCCGGAUCCCCUAUCUUACUUAUGUCAUUUAA